UUCGUGUUGCCGAAUUUUCUUUGGAUAACAAUCGUCGUCCUGUACUCGGCCGUUCUAAAGCUCGUUAUUUUUAUGAAGCCGUUGUAGCCAAGGGGAGAAAAAUGCCAAUUAAAGCAAAAUUGUCUGAUGGUUACAACCAAGAUAUAAUUAAAGAAAGGGAGGAUGACGGACUUAUUUUUUUGACUCGUUGGAUUUCUUCUUUGGCGCCUCCAAAAAGUGUUUUAAAAGAGAUAAUUCAUGACUGCGAUUUUGUUAUUUGCCGUGGAACUCUUUUACGUUUGAUGACUUCCUGUUAUGAUUCAAUUCCCCAUUCUGUGGGUAUGAAACUUGUUUGCUGCAAAAUGAAAGGUGUUUAUUUCAUUCGUGAAUACUACACUCCAACUAGAAUUGAAAAAGAAGUAAAUAUGAUUGAUAGACAUAAUCGAAUGUGUUAUGAAGCGCACAAAUUUAAACAACUAGUUACAACAAAAGGACAGGGAAAAAGGCCCGAUUUUAAGGAGACUGUUUGUGUUAAACCCGAUUUUAUUGGAGUUUUUAAAGCUACAAUUAAUGCUCCAUCUCAAAAGGAUCCUUCCUCCAAUUUUCGAAUAUUUUAUGGAGCAGAAAUUGAUUGUAUAGUUCCCUCGAGUGGACAAUAUUUGGGGCUCAAAACACAAUAUAAAAUGCUUGGAUUUGGGCAGGGAUUUACUGAUAAGGUCUUAAGAUGGUGGGUCCAAGCUUAUUUGGCUGGAAUUCGAAAAUUGGCUAUUGGAAUUCAUGAAAAUGGUCGAUUAAAUCAAGUUGAAUACCUCGAAAUGAGUUCUUUGGCUAAUCAUUUGUCCAUGUCUGGUGUCAAUGUGGCUUGCUGCUUUGUUUUUCUGUAUAAAUUUCUUGAGGCAGUCAAAAAGUAUAUUUUUUGUAUUUUUUGGGGUAAAUUCGAUUUUUUUGGUUAUUUCCCCAAUUAUUUUUAUUUUUUUACCUGAGGAGUUUUUUUGUAUUUAGUUUAAGCAUUGGUUAGAAUUUUAAAUUCUCCUCAUUUUCAAUUUAUUUUCUGUUAAGCCACUUUGUUUUUUGAAAAAAGGAUAAUCAUAGGGGAUAGCAAGGGCGUAGCCAAGAGGUCGAUUUCAGGUGGAUAAAAUGGGGGUGUGCGCCAAAAAUUUUUUUGUUUUACUUUGACGUUCCGAACGCGCAUUUUAUUGUCAUAUAUUUUUAUUUUUUCAGCGCCGCAGCGAAAAUUUUGAGAAUUUUGUGUGUUGUAGGCGUAAAAAAUUCACUUUUCUGAUCAUUUCCCUCCUAACAUUUUUUCACUUUCCCCAUUUCAUGAGUGGGGGUAUAGCCCAGAAGCACCCCUGGCUACGUCCUUGGGGGAUAGCUUUAUGUUCUCUUACAUUAUUUUAAAAAUUACUU